GCGUCACUUCCCGUACCAAUUGGCAGUUGCUGUUGCCGGAGCGCCAUGUUAGUUCAAACAAAAGAAACAACUUAAAUGCAUUCGUAACAGUUCAUGACAGGCUGGAAAACAAUGGCGGAGUAUAACCUGCUUCUCAGCUUCUCGUAAGCCGGAGAUUUCCACAAUGCCUUUUCCAAUUACCAGCCAGGUGCAAACUGCCCAGCCGACCCCAAAACAUUAUGGGAUCACGUCACCUAUCAGCUUGGCACCGCCUAAAGAGGCUGAUCUGGUUCUCACGCGGAAGCUGACAGAGACUCUACGACCCUUCGGAGUCUUUGAGGAGGAGCUGGAGCUGCAGCGCAGAAUCCUGGUGCUCGGGAAGUUAAAUACAUUGGUUAAGUUGUGGAUUCGGGAAGUCAGUGAAGCUAAGAAUAUUCCAGCUUCAGUGAUUGACAGUGUUGGUGGAAAGAUCUUCACGUUUGGAUCCUACAGGCUUGGAGUUCAUACCAAGGGUGCUGAUAUUGAUGCUCUCUGUGUCGCACCCCGCCAUGUGGAGAGAACAGACUUCUUCUCAUCAUUUUAUGAGAAAUUAAAAGAACAAGAGGAAGUCAAAGAUCUGAGGGCAGUGGAGGAAGCUUUUGUUCCUGUGAUAAAGCUGGCUUUUGAUGGAAUUGAGAUUGACAUACUGUUUGCCAGACUGGCACUACAAACCAUUCCAGAGAACCUGGAUUUGCGAGAUGAUGGCUUACUGAAGAACCUUGACAUUCGCUGUAUCCGGAGUUUGAACGGUUGCAGAGUGACUGAUGAGAUUCUUCACCUGGUGCCCAACAUAGAGAAUUUCCGACUGACUCUUAGAGCCAUCAAGCUGUGGGCCAAACGUCACAAUAUCUACUCCAAUAUCCUGGGUUUUCUUGGGGGUGUAUCGUGGGCCAUGCUGGUGGCAAGAACCUGCCAGCUGUACCCCAAUGCUGUGGCAGCCACACUGGUCCAUAAGUUCUUUUUGGUUUUCUCAAAGUGGGAAUGGCCAAACCCAGUCCUUCUGAAGCAGCCUGAAGACUGUAACCUCAACCUCCCUGUCUGGGACCCCAGGGUAACCCCCAGUGACCGGUACCACCUCAUGCCAAUCAUCACACCAGCUUACCCUCAACAAAACUCCACUUACAACGUUUCAGCCUCCACUCGGGCCAUCAUGGUGGAAGAGUUCAAGCGGGGUCUCGCAAUCACGGAUGAAAUUUUGCUGAAUAAAGCAGAUUGGUCCAAACUAUUUGAAGCACCAAACUUCUUUCAGAAAUACAAGCAUUAUAUAGUGUUGCUAGCAAGCGCACAGACAGAGAAGCAGCAUUUAGAGUGGGUUGGCCUUGUGGAAUCAAAGAUCCGAAUCCUCGUGGGAAACCUGGAGAAGAACGAAUUCAUUACACUCGCCCAUGUGAAUCCACAGUCAUUCCCGGGACCAAAAGAGGGAAAUGACAAAGAGGAGUUCAGCACUAUGUGGGUAAUAGGUAUUGUGUUCAAAAAAAUGGAGGGAUCAGAAAAUCUUAAUGUGGACCUGACAUUUGACAUCCAGUCCUUCACAGACACAGUUUAUCGUCAAGCGAUCACAAGUAAAAUGUUUGAGCAAGAUAUGAAAAUCACAGCCAUGCAUGUGAAGAGGAAACAGCUGCAUCAACUACUGCCUGAAGUCGCCAUUCACAGGAGCAAGAGAAAGCAUUCGUCUGAUGGUGUUCGUGCAAUGAAUGACAGCAAUCUGGACGUAUCACUUGACAGUGACAACAGCAUGUCAGUUCCCUCCCCCACAGGCCCUUCGGCUGCAAAGACGGCUCGAGCCCCCAGCCCUCAGGGAUCCACUGGGACCGCCACAAACACCUCAGAACAGCAGGGAAAAACAGACACUACAGGCGAAAACACACCCCUGGCUAGUGUUGAUGGGACAUCCAGCAGCAAUGGCUCUGGAAAAGGAGCUGCCCCUCCUCAGCCCACUUCACCCGUUCAGUCUGAAAAGAAACCCUCUGAACAGAACCCUCUGCCCAGUCCAUGUUUAUCUGCUGAACCUGCCGUUAAGAGACCUGCCUCUGCCCUGGAGAAUGAGAUGACCAAGAAAGCCAAAGUAGAGGAUCUGUCAGCCGCAGAAGCAAAGUCCUCAGGUGAAACUGAUGGCCAUGUGGCUCCAGCGCAGAUCGCUGAAGUGGUUCCUUCAGAUGGAGAAUUGAAAACAGAGACUGAAUUAAUGGCAGAGGACACAGCAGAGAAGGUUCCACUUGCUCAGAAAACUUCCAACACUGAUCUAUCGGACGUUCCAAUCCUCCCAAGCAACCCCAUCCCUGUGGUCAAGAAUUCGAUCAAGCUCCGACUCAGCAGAUAGAAGCGGCUCAGUCUUCAGCCCGUCUCAAUCUCAGGAGGUGAAAAUCCCCCUCGAUUCCUGCACACGUGCAACACGGCUCUCCACAAGAGGGCAGCUCUGUUCUUCCACACACACUUCCCUGUUUUCCUCUCUCUUAUAUCCUUCUCUUGUGCAAAAAAACAAAAAACAUUAUAUCCUCCUCAAAAACUAAAUCCUCAAUGUGAUUUAAUGUGUUUGUGUGAUCACAUGCUAUCCUUCUCUUUUGACCUGACGCUUUAUUUUUUUUUUUUGUUCGUAAAUCAACGAAAAGGCUUGUAAUUCUUAUAUUCCAGGGUACAGUUGGUCCACUAGAGACCAAACCUGUGUAUGUUGUACAGAGCUGAGGGUGUUAGAUGAGCAUGAAGCGUGCUCGGUAGGUGGAGAUGCAUUCAACUAAUGACCGCACUAAUCUGAUGAGGAGAGGACGUCCAGAUGAUUCUAGCUCACUUAUGCAGCUGUAAUUUAACCAAAUCAGUCUGAGAUUAGCGUAAACACCAUGGUUUUUGCUCCGCCGUCUUAGCAGGACAUUAAUUAUGGGGGUUAUUAGGAGCGGAAUAGCUAGUAUUCCCCAGCAUGCUCUUGAUUCGUGCUCUGAGGAGACCAGUGCUGGCCGUUUUAUUUUGAUCAUGUCUUCAUGUAUAUAUUCAUUCAGAUAAGAGAUGACGAGAUCCACACUUUUAUUUGCUUUAAACGGCUCCAUUCUCUUAUAUGCUGGGAUUUUGUUUCCUAAUGUGGAGUUUUGAUUGAUUUAUUGUGAUUUAAAAUGGCAGAUGGAGUUAAACAUUGAGGUGAUUUGGAGAAUUUUGGAUUUGGAAAAAAAAGAAAUGAUGGUUUUAUUGGGACAGCAGAGUGAUUUAGUUUUUUUUUUUUUUGGAAUCUGUACAAAGUUUUCUUACUCCCGUGUUUUGUCCUGAUGGUCUGUGUUGACUGUAUGGUUUGGUGUAAAGCUGCCGCUCCAGCUGUGGUGUCAGCACAGAUUCACUCCUGUGAAACGCCUCCUAUGGCCUUGCAAUGUUCUUUCAGUUCUUUCAUACGCUUAUUUGUAAGACAAGGUAUUGUACUUUUUCACAAAUAAAAGUCUACAUUGUUGCAAAGAGAAA